AUGAACAGGAGCUCGCUCCGACAGAGGCCCAGGGACAGACGUGUGGGCAGUGAGGGUCCGGGGUUCCGGCUUCUGAGGCCUGGUGACCGGGUGAGUCCAGAGCUGCGCGUGACCCGCCCGGAGAGGCUCUGCUCAGGGACCCGGGCCGUGGGCCGCCCGGUCACCGCCGCCAGGACCCGCCGUCCCCGCGGUGACCCCGCCACUCUGUACAUUAAAGGCGACUCUGGACGUGGGGACCGCGUCUCACUGUGCGGCUCGGACCCGCCCGGACCUCACCUGGGCCGCGGCUGCUCCGGUCACCAGAUCGGUGCACUUGUGGUUUUCCUGCGUCAGUGCUCAGAGGCGGGAAGGGGCCUCAGGGCCUGGAACCGGGGGCUGCGAGCCGGGGGUGGGGGUGGGGGGGUGCGAGCCCGCGUGGGUGACAGAGCCCGGCCCCAGCACUGGGGAGCAGGGGGGUCUCCUGGGCCCGGGGUCCCGCAGCCGCCCCAGGGCCGCGGUCUGCAGCCCAGGAGGGUCCGUCGCGGGGUCGGGACCCGCUGCCAGCUGAGCCCUGCGCUGUCCGGGCAGAGCACGGGGCAGUUCCAGGGCGACACCCGAGCCGGCGCUGCGACCCGAUCCCCACACAGGGGUUUUCGGGGGAGGCGAGAGGGGCGGGCGGGGACCACAGCCGCCUUCCCACCGCCGGGCCUCACCCCGCGGGCGCAGGAUCGGGGCCCCGGAUCCGCCUGGCCAGGGCGCGGUGUGAGCCCCCGGCCCCUUCCCUGCGCGCCCCGGGUGACAGGCACGCAGGGCGCAGACACCUGCUCCGCGCUGGCAGCCGGCCCGGCCGGGCGGCCGUUCAGGAAUCUGCGCCCGGCUCGGCCGCCCUCGCCGCUGCCCUCGCCCUCCCCGGGCACAGUCUGUCCAGCAGGAAGCCGGGGUGCCGGGGAGGGGGCUGCCGGGCUCUGGUUACAGGACACCCUGUCCCCGCCUCCGCCCGCCCGCUGUUCCCGAGCGCGCAGAGCCCCGACCCCGGACCUUCGCUCCCGCGCAGCUCUGACGCCUCCAGACCCCCGCUUGUUUUUAUUUUUGUUCGCCUUUGAGACGGUCUCGUGUAGCCCAGGCUGGCCUCGAACUCUGAUCGCCCUGCCUCCACCUGUCAGCGCGGGCUGCACGGUGUGUGCCCCCCGGGUGCCAGGCCGGCACUCUGCCCACCGCGCCCCGGCCCUGACCCCUCCGCCCCGGUUGUGAUGUUCGGAAAGUCCCCAACAGCUGCGGAGGAAGCGGUGCCCGGCCGGGGCGCGGUGCCAGCCACGGGGGCGGGGAAGACAGCGGGGAAGGGCCCAAGAGAGCAAUCCCCCUGCCGGGGUCUGCCCCGCCAGCCCCGCCCACCUCCGGGCUCCGCGUGACCACGGUCUCGCGAGGCCACGGGAUUGGCUCCCCGGACCGACGACGGUGCCAAUUAGACCUGGGGCGCAGCAGAGGCAACCCUGGGCCGAAACCCAUUUGCCCCAGGGACUAAGUCGGUGGCGCGGGGUGCCAGGGACACCGGGAUGGGGGCGGGAGGGACAGGGUCCCGGCCACACAGAGCGGAGCUGUGUCGGCGUUGGAGUUUGGACGGAUGAAGAGGAGUUUGCCGGGGAAGGGCGUUCCAGCCACAGGGGACAGCCUGUGUGGUCCCCGGCAGACGGCAGCGUCACCUGGGGGGCAAGAAGGGGCCGUGAAAUGGCUGGCAGCCAAGCCUGAGGACCUGAGUUCGAUCCCUGGACCCCCAUGGCAGAAGGAGGGACCUGAAUCCCACAAGCUGCCCUCUAACCUGCACAUGAGCAGCAAGGCAUGCAGUCCCUGCCCCCUAGACAAAAUAAAUAAAUAUAAUAAAUAAUAAAAUGAUUUUAGAAACAUAUUCAGAAGCAGGAUAUACACUCACACACAACUCAGUCAAGGCCUGCCAGAGGGACACACCUGGGUACGGCCCCUUCCAGAGGCGACAGGGCCCCAGGCAGGCCCUGGGGUUGUAGAGGCUAGGAUGCCUUGGGAGGCUGUGUUCCAGCCUCAGUGGUGAUCAGGGGCGGAGACCUGGCCUCCAUCCACUGAGCCAAAAAUGAAUAAAUAAAGAAGAAAAACCUCCUGGUUUGGAAACUCAAGCUGGAGGUCGCAGUGCGGCUCUCCUUCCCCAUGGCAACCCGUGCCUGCGGGCGGUGCACAGAGCCCCAGCGAGCGGACUCGCCCUGUAACAGACUGAGGGUGCAAACCCAGGCAUGCCUCAGUUUCCUUCCCCCUGGGUGAGGCAAUGAGCUCUCUGACCUGGGUUGGGGUGGGUGACAAAGUUGGGGGGUAACACACUUGCUCUCUCUUUUGUUUGUUUAGGGUUUUGUUACUUUUUGUUUGUUUGUUUUGAGACAGCGUCUCAUGUA